AAACAAUGGAACACUUUAUCUUGCGCUGUGAAAUACUUUCUCCUAUGCGAGACCCCAUUCUACUGGACUUAGUACAUGAACCGAAAAUGAUAAAUUUUGCAUUCUGGGAUCAACUCCAACCGAAAGAACAAGUGCAAAUUAUAAUAGACUGUACCCACCUGUGUCAAAGACUCAGUAUCAAAUACUCAAGGCUGUUUGUAUUAGGAAAAGUCGAAUUUCAAUGUAGAAGGCUGCUCUUUAAUUUACACACAGAAAGAUAUAGGUACUUAACUGCAGUUAAAAAAUCAGAGAACUUUAAAGUGCACAAAACGGCGACGGCCACCAAUAUAUAAUAAGUUUCCAGUGAAUAAUAGAACAGUCCAUAAUUCAGAAAUUGUAAACUGUUUGUGACGUGCUCAGAACACGGUUUGUCUACAGAGGCAGAGAAGACUUGGAUAACGAUAACGAUGCCGCUGGAUUUGUCUCAGACAGAGAUAUCGGUUGCUGACCUUGACAUUGAGAUUGCAAGUCCGGUUAAAGACCUUUUCAGUCACACCUUGCGCUAAUUCAACAUGUUACAGAAAUGUUUGAAUAUUACAAUGCGGUUUGACCAGGAGUGUAGAGUGUGGAAGUAAAGCAAUAGACUGAUUUACCUAAUCUAAUCAACACCUAUUGAGCUUAAACUCUUUCUUUUUUUGUUUCAGAUUUUCACAUCAAGGAAAUGAAUUGUGGCAAAACUUUUCAAUAAAACUGUCCAAAAUCAAGAAAGAAUUAUGAGCACAUUCAAACUGUUUUUAAUUCUGUCAAAACGAUUAUGACCGAAAUAAUUGCUGUUGAAACUCUGAGGCUGUUUGUUUCGAAAUGGAGAAAAGGGAAGUAUCUCGCUAUAAGAAUAAGACGACGAUUCCUAUCCGGCAAUUAACUGAAAAAUAGAAAUAGCGCUGACUACAAAAGGGAUCCAUAUUUUCCAUUUCACGGAAUCAAGAGAAACAUAAGGAAGCACGAAGCAGAGUAACAAUAAAGAGAGAAGAAAAUGAAUUGGGCCUUUAUUUUUGUAUUGCUACACUUUUGGAUUACAUCCUCUCAGCAGAUGACAUACUUUAGACGUUCCGCUGAUACCGAGAUAACCAAUGGAUAUUUCUGGAACAAGACACAGGAGAGAGACGGAAAAGAUCAAAAGGAUUUCAAAGAUCAACUGUUCAGAAAGAAAAAUGUGUACUGUAAAACAGUGAAGAUAGACAGUUACACUGUCCUAAAUUGCAGUCAUCAUAAUCUAACUUAUAUCCCAAGGAUUGGUUUUAAGAUCGACCGUCUUGUCUUUGGUUAUAAUAACUUAAAAAACGUCACAUCACACACAUUCGAAAAUAUAAGUUUCCCUGAAUACCUUAUUACAUUAGAACUUGAUUACGAUAAUAUAGAAAACAUUUCCACAGAGGCGGUCGACAUAUUCACAAAUCUGAACAGCUUGCAAAUCUCUGGCAAUCCAUUUAAAUUUGAUAACUUGAAAAUGUUUCUGGGAGCAAUAACAAAAUUAAGAAGUCUAAGGACGCUGACAUUAAAUGCUUUACAGAAAUUUGCAGUUAAAAAAGAUCUGUUUUCAAUGAUGGAAGGAACUACUAUUACUUCCCUGAGUCUGCGAUACAAUAAAAUGAACUCGUUUUCAAUGGAAAUGUUUACUAUCUUCAGUCGUCUGACCAAAUUAAACUUGUCAUUUAAUGAUAUUUUUUAUCUAAGAUUGUGGAAUUUGCCAAGCCUUCAAGCUUUAUAUUUAUCAGAUAACAACUUACGUAAAUUUCCACAAUUUUGCACCACCACAAACAAAAACGAAUCUUACUUUCCUAGUCUAAGGUUUCUAAACAUCGGCCAAAAUGAAAUAUCUAAACUUACCAGAAGCAAUUUAAAUUGCAUAGCUGGACUUCACAACUUAUCAAUAAGCUCGAACUACAUAAGCGUUAUUCCAAACAACUUACUCGUGAAUACAACCAUUUCCGAUCUUAAUUUAAAUAAUCAAAAUGUCCGCAAAUUCAAAAUUGAACGCUACGCUUUCAGAUCAAAUUCGCUGCUGAAUUUGUAUAUAGGGUACAAUGCAAAUGUUGAUGACGUAUUUGAAAGUCUUGACACAUUUGAAUACUGUUCAUAUUUAUUACGUUUAGGUAUAAGCAACAUCAAAAUGACGUCAUCGACAAGUGAAGUAGUAUAUACUCUUUUUGCACCAUUAAAGAAACUGUUAUAUUUUAAUUGCUAUGCAUGUGAAAUAAAUCAGGAUCCAAAGUUCUUUCUUGCAAACAAACCGAAUUUAAUAACAGCUGACAUGUCUGGCAGCUUGAUUCAAACAUUGACCAGCGAAUCGUUUAAACAAAACCUAGCGCUAAAGAAGCUUAGGCUUCAGUUCAAUAAACUUGUACAUCUACCAGCAUCAGCACUGCCUGUCAAACUAUUAAAACAACUCGAAAUCAUUGAUUUAAGUAACAAUCCCUUUACGUGUGACUGUAACUUACAGUGGUUUAUUGACUGGCUGAAUGUACCAGAAAAUAAGAAAAAGAUCAGUACACACCAUUGGAACUACAACUGUGCAAACCCUGAAAAAUGGAUGAACAAGCCUCUAGCUGAAGUAACAUUUUCCUACAGAGAAUGUCAUCCCUGGAAUCUUUGGAUUUGGGUUGGGAUCGUAGUAGGACCAUGCCUGUUAGUUGCUGCUAUCACGGGAUUAGUUGUUUACAGGAAUAGAUGGAAUAUAAAACAUUAUAUAUAUUUACUGAGGAAAAAGAAACAGUACCAUUUAAUCCAGGGAGAUAACUAUCAAUAUGAUGCUUUUGUUGGAUAUGAGGCAAACGAUUCUGUCUGGGUAAGACGCCGAUUAAUUCCAGUCCUAGAGGCUGAAGAAGGGCUGAAAUUGUGUAUCCACGAGCGCGACUUCCAAGCUGGUGUCUUUAUUAAUGAUAACAUUGUCCAAAACAUCAAUGCUAGUCAAAAGGUUAUCCUUAUUCUGACAAAUGCCUUUGCACAAAGUGGUUGGUGCAUGUUUGAAUUGAAGGUUGCACAUUCGAAGCAAAUUGAGGAGGAAACAGAGGUAUUGGUCAUUCUCCUGGAGAAAAUAGAUGCUAGGAACAUUAACCAUUCUUUAAAGGUACUGAUGGACACGACCACAUAUAUUGAAUGGACAGAAGAUGUGGCUGGUCAGCAAUUAUUUUGGACAAAAUUGAAAGACGCUAUGAAAAAAUGAGAACAAUUUUACACAACUAUAUUUAAAUGAUGUAUAACCGGUUUCAGAUAUUCUCCUGUCAAUCAUUAAUUCUUUGAUAGUGGACCCUUAAUGACAGUCGGUAAUUUACUAUAAGAUUCUUUCGCUGGUUGUAGAUGCAGAUGAGAAUUUUCGGCCUUGAGUUACCGCAUAACAGUUACCCGAGAGCCGGAUAUUCCCAUCUGCACCUAUAACCAGUGACAUAAUAUAUUUCUGGCAUACAGAUGUCAAGAAAUAACAAUAAAAAUAAAAUCAAUCGAACGGCUUUCUUUUUAGAACUAUUUCUUAUAGCAGCGUAUUUAAACAAAGCGCGUUAAACCAACGUCCGUAAACAGGAAAGACGUCAUGACAUUUCAAACACAAAUAACAAUGUUUAGUUCCGGUUUUGUUUUAUCAGUUGCAGCGUAACGUUAUGCAUUUUUGAUAAAGUAACGUGUUUUGAUUCGAGAAAUAUACUAUCAGGAACAAAGAGAAACUGUCGAGGUACUGCAUUUUUAUUCCUUUUUUUUUAAAUAUAAAUUAGUACAUAAAUCUUUGACAUAUAUGUAGUUCGUAAUACGUCAUUUAAAGCACGAGAGUCAUCUUACACACCGGUGUGUAAGACAGAUUUUUCCAGCAUCGGUAAAAGUACCGGAAAAUUCUUGUCUGGUAUGCAAGAAGUUCAAUUACGUUUUCUUCCUAUGUGAUUUCGGCAUUGUCCGGUUGUCAUGGCUGAUCACUACCAAAUAGAAUGUAAGCCUCACAAGUAGUCCAAAUAUAAAUAGUACUAAUCUUUUUUCCUUUCCUAGUGCAUUUUCUCGGCAGCAACGUGCUUACUUUUACCCUACCGCGUUUCAGUAUGUAUCACUUUGCAUUCUUUUGAAAUCGGCAUGUUCCUAUCGCAUGACAGGUAAAAAUGGCGGCGUAAGAAUUUAAUGCCUCGAAAAGAGAAAUUGAAAGAAGCGAAAAGUAGUAAAUUCAGCGGGUUGUAUUUAACGAACUGUACUUUUCUUAUAUAAAAGUUAACACCCCCUUUUCUUUUUCUUUUUCUAAAGUAGCGACCUAGUUCUUUAUGGGAAUAUAAGUCUCAGAAAAUCUGAUAUGUUAGAAAAUGUCGAAAAACCGUUAUGAAGUAAGUUGAUUUUAUAUGAAAUAAAGAACAGCUGGAUUUAGUGGUGUUCAGCCUCAUCGAAACCAUUGUUUGCAUGACCUAUUUUUACGGCGGAAGAAUACCGAAAUACAAAAUCGAAAGGAGUGUCGAAUGCCACUACGGAUCCACUACUGAAAUAUAACAUUUAAUUACAAAUUACACCCGGAACAACUGAUACGUAUUAGACCUUCCUGAUUACACUAACAGCAGAAAUUUGUGAUACUAUGUGAAUUUUUAAUUAUAAUAUUUGUGGUUAUAUACAGUAUGUUUAAAUUAUAACCGACGGACAACUUUACUGCUAAGCCUGUAAUAAAAUAAAUGUCGCAACAGUUAUUUUCAGAUAUUUUAAUGAGGUACCACAAAAUAACGGUAUUCUUUUGUAUUUCCAUGAUAUGGUAAUUAUACAUGCUUUGCAUUAAGAAAAUGAGAAAUAUCAAGUAUCUAGUUACAAACUGACAGUGGCAUAUAGAAGGCCAAAACAAUGUGUUUAAUGUCUGAAUAUAUAAUUGUUAAAUUAAUGUAGUAGUAUGCACAGUACUUGAUGAUGUUUUAAGGUGAGUUUAGAACACACUUCGUUUGUACAGUGUAAAUAGUUAUUAUUCUAUGUUUAUAAAACUAUACUGAAAGGAGAAUGACUAAAUAAGUUUGCAGAUGAAGUUGUAAAAACACAUUAAUUCAGGGAGGGCAUAAAUUGCCCGCCUAUCGUUUUGUAGAAUAGUGUAUUAUACCGGUAUUAUCAGAAUGAUUUGCACGGCGUUCAUGUUGAAGGAAAAAGUAGGUCACUAGGUCGCGGUGGGUCUUUACUUUUUUCACAGGAACAGAUACUGUAGGCCCUUAUCUUUUCUCAAUAAUAGUGCAUUUAGUCUUCGAAGUAAAAACAAUUAGAAUAAUAAGCUAGAUAUUUUGUAUUCAUUCACGAAAUCGGAGUUUUACACUUUUUAUUGCAUUCAGAAUUGUGUUUGGUAUGUUCAGAAUGUGGAUCGGAAAUUUAAAUCGAUGUGGAUUCCGACUUGAAGAUCGAGCCACCUUAAAAUUUGGAAAGCCACACCGAAUGUCUGUAAAAAUUAUUGUAAUUUUAAUCAAAUCUUUACUUUUAGUGAUUUUUAUUUAAAUACCAAUUAUGUUGAAUAUAUGAAAAGGUUGUAUCAUUUACCGUGUAUAUAUAUAUAUAUGAACAAUUUUGUUUUGCAGAUAUAUUUAUUUUUAUAUAAUUCCCCAUGUACAAAACGACACUGGUUACAAGACUUCUAGUGUUUCAUGUAUAAACUAAUCUGAUGUCCACCCCGUUAAAAACUAUUUUUGAAUCUAUUAAGGCCUCAACAGAUGGUAGGUUCUAGUUGUACAACACUAAUUAUCUCAAAGAUGUACAAUUUUAAAAUUGUACAUUUUUCACAUACAGACAGUAUUUCACUCCCAUAUAAAUCACAGAGAUUUACCUAGUAAACACAGUGCAUCAGGUACUGAAAAGAAUGUAACCAUUAAUAAUAAAAACUAAUAUUCACCUUUUUUUAUUUGCUUUAUGUACAUUCCUCCAAGUAACUCUGUAUAUUUUCAUUCUCAUGAAGUAGGAUUUUUUGAACUUCUUGAAACAAAUGUCAGAAAAUACUCUAGUAUGGGUUCCGUUGGCAUAAUGGGAGACUUGAACUCGCGAUGCGGAGAUAAAUGUGACAUUUUAGAGUCUCCGGACAUUUAUGAACGCUAUAUACACACCGUUGAUAAUGAAUUACCCGCUUAUGACCUUGAUACGUUACCGGUGAGAAGUUCUCUCGAUAAAACUGUUAAUUCAUCGGGUAUUAAGCUAAUAGAUCUAUGCUUGUGCUCUGAUCUAAAAAUUGUUAACGGUAGACUUGGUCAGGAUUACGGAGUUGGUAAUUUUACCUAUAUGUCAACUACCGGUAACAGUGUUAUAGAUUACGCAUUGAUGUCGUAUCGAUUAUUUCCCAUUAUAAGUAAUUUUGUAGUACAUGAUAUGUUUUCAUUUUCUUCACAUGCACCUAUACAAAUUGAUUUGUACUGUUACCGCAAAAAGCAUGAAAACAGUAUUGAGUCUGUGACUGUAAAAAAAAAUUAAAGUGGGAUAAUAGUCUUAAUGACUCUUUUAGAGAAUAUAUAACUUCUGAUUUGCCAAAUAUUGAAAUGAUUGUAAAUAAUGUUAUUGAAAAUAAUUUAAGCAUAGAUAGUGGUAUUGAUUUUAUAUCUAACAUAUUGUACAAAAAUGCAUAUGAUACUUAUGGUGUUACGAAAGUUAUUAGAACUUAUAAAUAUAGAAGAAAAUAUAAAAGUGAAUGGUUUGACCAGAAUUGCGAGCAAGCAAGAAAUAACUUUGUGAAUGCAAAUAGAUUAUAUGCAAAUAGUAGAUCUAUGUUAAAUAGAGAAAAUUUAGUUACAAAUAGACGUUUAUAUAGACUAGCCAAAAGGCGGGCUAAGACAAAAUUUCAUCUAGCCCAGAAAAACAAAAUGCAUAAUUUAUCAAAACAUUCUCCAAAAUUAUUUUGGAAUGAAAUAAGAAAAUUUAAGAAUAAGGACUCUAAAUGUAAAAUCCCUAAAGAUGCACUUUUCAGCCAUUUAAAGAACUUAUUUAAUGAUGAAGAUGUAUUUGUUGACGAUGAUGUUGAGCAAUUUAUAAACAGAGAUGACUUAGUUUAUAAUCAAGUUGAAAUGCUUGACUCAGAAAUUACAACAGCUGAGGUGUCUAAAGCUAUUUCUUCUCUAAAUAGAAACAAAAGUGGAGGCUAUGAUCUACUUUUACCUGAGAUAUUUAUUGAAAGCAAUAAUUUAUUAUCACCAACUUUGUGUAGACUUUUUAAUCAUAUUUUUACUAGUGGUAUUUAUCCGAUUUCAUGGACUAAAGCAAUUAUAGUCCCAGUUCCUAAGAAGGGAGAUCCUAGAGAUGCAAAUAAUUAUAGAGGAAUAUCUCUGACAAGUAUUUUCUCAAAAAUAUUUCCGAUAAUCCUUGAUAAUAGAUAACGUCAGUGGUCUGAUAUGAAUGAUACACUUACAGAUAACCAAUUUGGGUUUAGAAAAGGUAAAAGCACCGUUGACUGAAUUCAGUACUUAACUCUAUUAUUGAUAGGGUUGUUAAGAGAGAAAAAAAGAAGUUGUACACCGAAUUAUGUCAUAACCAGAAACG